AUGGAGGACAAAAUGGAAGACGCAGGGGCCGUUUUCGUCGACUUGGAGAAGGUGCACGACGAGGAAACGAAACAGCUUUUCGAUUUUGGUGAGAAAAAAAAAAAAAAAAAAAAAAAAGAAGUCACAGAAAAGAUCGAAGAAAUAAUCAUUGACGGAACAGGGAAGGUAUUUGAAAGAGGAGCAGUGUACCCAUACGACGAACUCUUACAUAGAAUCCAAGAUUUAGUAAAUAAGCACAACAUAGAUUUGUGUAUAUCGAAAAAGUACACCAUUAAACCGCCACAAGUUGUUAGGGUUGGUUCGAAAAAGGUCGCGUGGAUUAAUUUUAAGGAUAUAUGUACAAUUAUGAACAGAAAUGAAGAACACGUUUUUCAUUUUGUCUUAGCCGAAUUGGGAACGGAAGGGUCCAUAGCAGGAGAGGGACAGUUAGUUUUAAAAGGAAAGUAUGGACCCAAGCAUAUCGAAGCCUUGUUAAGAAAAUAUAUAACUGAAUAUGUGACGUGUCAGAUGUGCAAAAGUCCAAAUACAGCCAUGGAGAAGGAUAGCAGAACUCGACUUUUUCACCAGCACUGUAAUGCUUGCGGAGCUAAGAGAUCGGUCACCACCAUUAAGAGUGGUUUCCACGCCCUGGGAAGAGGUGAGAGAAGAAAGGCAAAGCAUACCAAUUGAGGUCACCAAACCGAUGGCAUACAAAAAGCAGUUAAGUUCGCUCAGAAGGAUACGAAUAGCCCCAAUUUUUAGUACUUCCCUCAUGAGCGACAUUAGGAAAGAAGAACAAAUUUUAAUAUAAGUUUGCUAGUUCGUGGGUCCAAUGUAUUAUGCCCUUUUGACAUGCCCCUGCGUAUAC